CACUCACACGGCCGCAGAGAGGGAGGGGGCUAGAAACAGAUGAGAGGAGAAAGAGAGAGAGAGGCGAGGUCAAAUGGUUGAAAGCGAUGUGAAAGUAAGAAGGAGAGCCCUGAAAGACAACAUCAGGAGGGUGGGAUAUCUGUGUGUGCGCAUAUAUACAGUAAAGCAGAGCGACGACUCAACAGAAGGAAGAGAUUUAUUAAGUGAUUUGAAUGAAAAUGAAUCUCACAGUGAUUCUUGCGGCUGUGGUGGGAUUCAGCGCUCUGUCCACAUGUGAAUCUGCUGACAAUGACACAGAACUGGUCAUCACAACACCUGAUCUCUCGCAGGCUCGAGAGUUCAAUGAGGAGACUUUGAUUGGUCGAGGAGAUACUCCAGACAUCAUAGAACCUGAACCCACCACUGCCGUAUCAGACACUGAGAGCACCUACAACUACAUCUUGUCUAGACUGGCAUCGAUGGAUCAGGCCAUCCACAGGCUCAAUGUUGGACACUACACGUUAGACGUCAAAAUGUCGCAGCUGAUGGAGAGAAUGUCACGUCUUGACAACAGACUGGGUGACACGGAGGAUGCCAUACAACAGGUCUCAUCCUACUGCAAAGACAAUCGCAAAGAGAUCGGACGACUAGAGGGCUGCCAAAAAGGUCGGAAAAUUGGAUACAAAUGCCUUCUGGUAUACCGUAUGCAUGAAACCUACACGGAAGCUUCUCAGAAGUGUCAGGAACGAGGUGGACGCAUGGCUAUGCCUCGAGACCGCAGGGAGCAGGAAGCUUUAGCCGAAUACGUCAAAUCAGUCAUUCACGGUAACUGGCCUGUGUGGCUUGGGAUCAACGACGAGCGUUCUGAAGGACUCUAUCUGUUUGAGGACACGACACGCGUGACUUACUUCCAGUGGAGGAAGCACUUCCUGUCCAGCCAGCCGGACGGCGGGAAACGAGAGAACUGUGUCUCUAUGUCAUCAGAUGAUGGAGACUGGUGGGACACAUACUGUGACAGACGCAUGUUUUAUCUUUGCGAGUUUGAUGUCUGACCUACAAUAUAUUCCUUAAUGGAGCAGCUCCGUCCUCAACUGAGGGCUUUUUUGAUAAUGAGCAGCUAUUCACUGUAUUCAAUACAACUGUCGAAGUGAUGUGAGAGUUAAAUGAAUAGUUCACUCAAAAUAAAAAUGGUCUCAUAAUUUAUGCAAGAAUUCAUAUUUGGGUGAACUAUUUUUUUAAAGCGACUUGAGAAAUACAAUCCUUUAUUUGUAAUAACAGACAAGUUUAGAAGAAUUCAAACAUACAGAAUUAUUUAAUCUGUCUGAAGGGUGUGUACGGUUCUCAUUUCCCAUAGUCAAUAUUACAAUAUUGCUGAUUUAGACAUAUUUAAGACCAUAACAGAAAGUUGUUUUUUAUUCUUCUGAAAAAUGGAAAGAGUUUGGUUUGUUGUUUUAGAUGAUCUGUUUUCAAAGAUUAAAUAACUAUUGAAGCAUGUUUAAAGCAAAAGGACGUGUUGACAGAUCUCAGUCUGUAUGAAAUCCUUUAUUCAAAACCAACUUCAGUUCAAAGAUUACACCUCAGUACAGUUUCUUAAACAAAUAUCAGUUGUAUAUUUCAGAUUUGAUCUAAUUGUUAACAUUUGCCCUUCAUUAUCCUGAUCCUAAAGUAGUAAAACAACUUCCUAAAUUUGUACGUCUUCUAAAACAGUCAAAUAAAGUGAAGAAUCUGAUUUUA